AUGGCCGACUCAUCACCAUACCAACAUAUAGAGAAGACAUGGAGAGAAAUCGAAAGGAAGAGGAGUCACGAGGACGCCGAAUUCGACAAGUACGUACGAGAUGUGCUGUCGAGCAUCGAUAAUGAAAAGGAAAUCAAGCUAGCUCAACACGAAGCUGACACCAAAACCAAAGAAACGGAAUUGGCGGCGGAAGAGCAGGAGAAAUCUAAGGAGUUGGAAGCAGCACAUCUAAGAGAACGAGAAGCGCUUGAUGCCCGACACAAGGCGCAGACUACAGAUAGGGAGAGAGACCAGCAGGCGGUGAUGAGCAGGCUGAGAGACGAGCGAUCAACAGCUUGGGAACAGCUCAGAAUUUUCUUUUCUAACAAGAAAGAUAACGUUCAAAGUGGACUCGACUCCUGCAAGGCUACAUUGAAAGCUGAUAGGCUUUUCGAAGAUGAUGAGAUCCAAAAGAAUCUAUUCAAGGCCAUGGUUGAACAGAGCAACCAGACAAUUGAGGUCGCAUCAUCUGGUGCAGCCUCCUCAUGCGCAGAAUUACCGCCCCAACGUAUUCUCAACUUCAAGACAAGAAUACCUGCAACAUCUACCGAAGAGAAGCCCACAAGAGCAGUUGAGAAAGGGAGCGUUUCCACUGCUGAUUUGCACACUUCCCGGAGCCGUGGAGCCAGCAGUCAGGUCACUCCCACAAAGCGCUCAAUGGCCGAAUCUCCGUAUGAGAAUAUACAACCGCCCAGCUUGCGUCGUGCUGUCUCAGAGAACAUCAGGCCAGCAACAGCUGAGAAUGUACUCAAUCUGUCCAGCCCACCAGCUCCUUCUAAGCUAUUUGGUUCAUCGAAGACUUCAUUGCCAGUAACUCCAUGCCGUCGACCCGCCAGUCCAUCUUAUCUAGUCCCUCCAUCCUCCAGUUUCUCACAAGCGGCAAUUCGAGCAACUUCCCAAGCUGCAGCACCUUCAACUCCGCUACGGAUUAGCCGUCAAACCAUCAGUGCUAAUAGUCGACUCAACGGAAGUUCUCUGCCGCCUCCUGCGGAUACGAGCCUGUUGAUGACCCCUACGCCACCAAGAGCUAUGCUCCGAAGUCCGUUCAAGUCAAGUAGCCAACAUCGUGAAAUCUCGCCCGGCGUACCGAGACAAUCAGCCGAAUUUUCCUCCCAGCAAGACUCUUUACCAGGACCUACCAAUCAAAACCGACCACUUUGUCUCAAUUUUGAGAUCAUAGCAGUUCGCUACAAGACCUCUGAUGGCGAAAACUUUGUUUGGACUCGAGAGGCUGAGGAAGGACCUAAAUAUUAUCGACUGAGUGACAACACCUACCGCCCCGUUCUGAAGCAGGGUAGAAGUUGUGGCACCCCAGAGUGGAUUAUCGAUCCCAGCAGAGUAUGGUUUUUGAAGUAUAACCUGGAAGCCGCACUGCUUUACAUCAAUCGAAAGAAGGGUGAUGCAAAGACUGGGAAUGCUGGUAAGGAGAUGUGGGUCAAAUUCAAGGAUGAAAUACAUUUGGAGGGAUUCCUGAAGAGUUAUAAGGAGAAUUGGGAGCAUAUUAAGAUAGAUAAGCUGGACCUGGACGAUGAUGAGGUCCCCUUGUCGAUGGCUAAGAGCUGUCGCUAA